CCAUCCCCACCCACCACCUCACCCGGCAUAAAGCGCCACUGACCAACCCACACUAGCAUACCAGAAGCAACACGCUCUUUGUAUAUUACAUUUCAAGACCAGCGAGAGAGAGAGAGAGAGAGAGAGAGAGAGAGAGAGAAUGACACAGAUGCAGAGAACAAGUUAGAGAGUACCCUAAAUGCUCAAGAUGCAAAUGGCUGCAAAGAGAGUAAGAUUAAACACAACGAAAAAAAGACUAAAUAGAACAGGAGUAUAUUCCACUGGCUAAUACCCAGCACAGUUUAAGUGGAUCUUUCUUUGAAUGGGAGCCAUUUAUCAGCGGAGUAAGCGAGUUUGUUGACAACAUCAUGGCAUGCUGCUGCUGUCCAGCUCUGUGUCUGAGAAACUGCUUCUUGCUUUCAGAUAUAUCAACUCCUGAGCUCAAUACGUUAUGGGAAGAGCCCCCAUAUGCACUAACUCCAGAAAAUGAUGUCAUGGGCAUUGGAGAUGAGGAAGUGGAAACAGAGGCUGAGGUGGAGGGUGAGGGGAUCACUGGUGAGAGUUACUGGAAGAGGAAGGAAGCUCUCAGCACUGUCUCCUUGGCUGUAGGAGAUCACUUCUCUUCAGAUGUGAUACUGCUGUUCAAUGGGAGAAGGCGCUCCAAUUUAGAGUCAGACAGUGUGCUGCAGGAGGCACUGCGCACUAGACUAAGGGUCGUAGAGAGCAACAGCCAAGAUGUUAUUCAGCUUUUUAAAGAUCUCUCUGCGCGCUUGGUUUCAGUGCAUGCUGAAAAAGACCAUUUUGUUAUUACUUUUAAGACAGUGGAGGAAAUCUGGAAGUUCUCUACAUACCUGGCUCUAGGAUAUGUGGCAAGGUGCUUGGAGAACUUCCUGUGUGACCAGUCUUUCUGGCUGGACCCUCUUUUGCUCAGUGAUGUGGAGAUUUGUGUGAGGGUAGAUGAGGAACACCUAGCCACUCUCUAUCUGGGGCUCCUACUCCAAGAAGGUUCAUUCUUUGCUAAAGCUCUGGUUAACAGUGAUCAGUGUAUAGAGGAAGACAAAUUGGCCUACAAGAAGAAUGACCUUGUUAUUGUGAAGGAUAUUGGACAGGAGUCCAUGUGGGAGGGAAUUCUGCUGUCUACCGGUCAACAUGGCCUAAUGCCUGUUCAUGCAAUGCAGCCUCUGCCCUACCCUUUUUACCAGUGGUUUCUUAGGAAGUACCAUGGCAAUGCAGGAGGGUUUUCAUCCACAAAAGGUCAACGUGACCAACCUAUAGUAACAGGAAAUUGCGUAGCAGUAGUGGAUUGUUACCCAAUGGCUAAAGAUGAACUGCACUUCAGUCAAGGAGAUCUGAUAGAGGUCGAAGGCUUGCUUAUUAGCUCACUGAACAUGUUCAUUGGGAGACACCUCUCUAGUGGACAGAUAGGAUUUGUCCACAUGGCCCAUGUGAGACCUGAAAAUGUCAAACCACUCAGUGGACAAUUGGUCUUUCUGAGUGAGGAAGAAAGGGUGGCUCUCUCACAGUUUAAUAUCUGCAUUGAACAGUGCCAUACUGGUCUAUUGGACAAACUCUUCUCCACUGACAUCAGCACUGUUUACAAAUUAGACAGACUGGAUGACUCCGAUUUUACCUAUAUCAGAAACCAACCAAAGCAAGAACAGAAAACUCCAGCAGAUGCCAGGAAGAGCAUUAUACUGGAACAUAUUGAUACUCCAUCCUAUCACUCUUCCCCUCUACCUUCCUUCUAUGCUUCUCAGAGUUGUCUAGACAGGGACAAUGAAGCCUUCUCCUUCAGCCUGGAGGACACUUUCCGAGAGAUGGACGAGUAUGAGGAAGAUCCCCCCUUUAUGGAUGAAGGCAUCUGUGAAACUGAAGAAGCUGAGUUUGUUGACCCCAUCUUAACCCUUCUCAAUCUGGACUACUUCCAGGAUUCUUUUCAUGCACUUUAUGACCUCUCCUACUCCUUCUUGGACACAGUCUUUGGGGGUCUUCCGGUGGAUGAAGUGCUCCUGCAUCUGGAGACCUUGCGGGAAGGAGCAAAGAAAGGCAGGAUGGUAUGGGCCCAUCGGAGAGCCUGCUUCCUUCUGGGCAGGUUGUGUGCCAAAAAACUCAAGUACUCACAGGCUCGAGUUUACUUUGAGGAGGCACUGAAUGUCCCUGUAGAGGGCUUUAAUGACAAACCUCUGUUGAUUGCCCUGUAUAGCAACCUUACUGCUGUGUACCUGAAGCAGAAGAUGACAGACAAGCUGCCAUAUACAUUAGAAAAAGCAAGUGCUCUUAUACUGGGCCUCCCAUUACAUAACUUCUGCUCCCUUGACGAGUUUGAACUGCUCAAGCCCAUUCUAUGCAAAGCUAUUGUUUGCAAUGAUAAGCACCUUGAGGCACGGACUUGCUAUUUAAUCCUCUGUCUAUUUUUGCACAACAGAAAGAUUGAGGAAGCCUUGCCUUUUGUGGAAAGGCUUCAGUUCCUCAAUCUCACUCUCUUAGCAGAAGAAGGAAGGCCUAUAGUACCAGUUGACCUAAACUGGAUACUAUGCAGACUCUACCACAAGAAGUAUCUGCCAUACCUUGCAUUAGCCUCUCUCAGUCUAGAUUCAAGUCAGGAUCAUUCUUUGGAUAAUGCCUUUCAAAAGAUUGAACUUUUCCUGAAGAACUCAGUCAGACUGAAUCCUCGUUGGAAGGAUGGCUCUGCUCUGCUCCCAGUCCAGGUGGUAGUUUACCUUCAGCAGGCAUUGAUAAUAGCCAACUGUGGAGAACACAUGAAGACCCAGAGAGACCUUUGUAUGAGUUUGGCCAGUGUCUACCAGCAGUAUGGUACUUUAGAAAGGGCAGUGCUCUAUGCCGAACAAGCAGUGCAGGCAGGAAGUAGCAUUAAUGAGGAGGAGGGCUUUGAGGCAUCAGUGCUGAUGGCCUGGCUCUUAGUGCUCAUAGAGGAACCAGAUAGAGCCCAAUCUAUGUUACAACCUCUCCUUAACUCAUUUAAUAGAACAGACAGUCAAACACAGCGUGGAGUGGUCCACAAUCUACUUGCAUUAUGUCUUCACAAACAGGGGAAGGUCACAGAGGCAGCAAUGGACUUUCAUUGUGCUCUCAAGAUUGCAGAGGAAAAUGGAAACAAACAUAAUGAAGCUCUGGCUCUGGCUAACCUGGGGUGCCUCACCUUAUCAGUGGGGGCUCCAAACCUGGCAGAGACUUUUUUGCUCAGAUCUCUUCAACUUUUCCAGUUUCUGUCUGAGAGCCCCUCAGAUGAAGAGCAUGUUCAGACUCUGCUGUGGCUAGGUAAAAGCUACAAAGAAAGGGGAGAAAGUCAAAAGGUUAGGCUGUGCUUUGAGAUGGGUCUCCUGAUAGCCAUCAAUGCCAAGAACCUGCACAGUCAGAUGGUUGUUGCAAAGGCGCUCAGUCGUCUCUAUGCCGACUUAAUGUUGUAUGGGCAAUGCAUAAUUUACUAUGAGCACUGUGUGGGGCUCGCCAGAGAAAUGAAGGAUAAACAUCUGGAGGGAGAGUACCUGGAGAUUCUCAGUAAUCUCUACCUAUCACUUAAUACUGAGAAGUCCUCACGGAAGUCUCUGGACUACACUAAGCAAAGUCUAAGGAUUUCCAUAGACUUAGGAAAGAAACAGGAGGAGUCAGAGACAUGGCUACAGGUGGGCCGUAUCUACUACUUGAUCCAUGAGGAUGAGCUGGCAGACAUGUAUCUUCAGGCAGCUGUAAAGACAGCCCUAAGGAUAAACGAUCCAUGUUUUGCUAUGAACAUUUAUGAAGAGGCUGGAGAUGUCUUCUUCAAAGGACACAGAAACCGACUGGCUGCUGUUUCAUUUUUUAGAUGUAAACUGUAUGUGCAGGAUGGGGGUCUGCCAUUUGCAAGAUCUCUUAAGGAUGUGCAUUCAGAGUUCAGGCUUUUAUGUAAGCUCUCUGAAUUGCUGCUGAAGGAAGGUCAGCACCAGGAGGCCCUGCAGUAUGCUACACUUGCAGUGCAAAUCAGCACCUCAACUGGUGUACGUCUGAAUGAGAGGGUGUCCUACCAUCGCCUAGCCUCAAUCUACUUUACCCUGAAGGAGUAUGAGAUGGCUGAGAAUUACUAUUUGAAGGCUCUAUCUCUCUCUCCCAAUGCACUGGAGCAUGCAGAAGAGGCCCGCUACUAUGUUAAAGUUUACUGCAGACUAGCUGAUCUAACCCUGCACAAGAUAAAGGAUGCUUUUGAUGCCAUGGGAUAUUUCCAUUUAGCUCUGGCAGCAGCUCUGGAUGAUGUUGGGAGCCUUCAGGCCAGGUACAUAAUUUACAUGAAGCUGGCAGAGAUACACGCUAACUACUUACCUGAUGUGGAGCUGAGCCAGAGAUAUAUGGACAGUGCACGGAGCCUAAAGAGGGAGCUGGCAGGACAGACAGACUCCGGUGACACAAAUGAUGAAUAUAUGAACCAUGCUUCUACAGAGUAUGCUGAUGCUAAGUCUAUCAAUCAUUCCAGUGCUUGGUCGAGGAGCUCAGACUUUAGCAGUAGAAGCAGUACUCUUGUAGGCUCCUACAUGAUGGACACUAGCCAUACAAUAACUGCUUUGAAGGAAACUGGGGCAGAGGAUAUGGACACCAACAACCCAGGAGGGACUGAUGGUGGGCCUAGACACCAUACAGAUUCCAAAAUAUAUAACGCUAAUCAAAGAAUCCAUACCAGCCACACAGAUUCUAGCUUACUAGGUACAGAAUUUUGAUCAUCCCACCCCAACCCCCAAGGCACAUUAUUAUGGAAAUGAAAUGUUUAAAUAUUUUAACUGGA